AUGACUUUGAUGGAAAAUAUUUCAGAGGUUACUGAAUUUAUUCUUGUAGGGUUAACAGAUGCCCCAGAACUGCAGAUCCCUUUGUUUAUUAUCUUCACUCUCAUAUAUUUGAUCACACUGUUUGGAAAUCUUGGGAUGAUAAUGCUGAUUCUGCUGGACUCCAGACUCCACACUCCCAUGUACUUUUUCCUCUGUAACCUCUCCCUGGUGGACUGUGUUUAUGCCUCAGCAAUAACCCCAAAGGUGAUGGAAGCUUUUUUCACAGGAAAUAAUACCAUAUCCUUCAAUGGGUGUGCUGCUCAGAUGUUCUUCUUUGUAGCCUUUAUUGCUAUUGAAAGUUUGAUCCUUGCCUCAAUGGCAUAUGACCGUCAUGCAGCAGUGUGCAAACCCCUGCAUUACACUACCAUCAUGACAAGUACUACUUGUAUUGUAAUUGCCACUUGUUGCUACAUGUGUGGAAUCCUGCAAUCCUCUAUCCAUGUUGCUCUUGCAUUUCGUCUUUCCUUCUGUCAUUCAAAUAUGAUUAAUCACUUUUUCUGUGACAUUCCCCCACUGUUGACUAUUUCUUGUUCUGACACCCACACAAAUGAAAUCACCCUCCUCAUCUUGGCUACAUUGGAUGUUGUUUUCACUCUCUUGGUUAUCUUAAACACAUACCUGCUAAUUUUCAUUGCUAUCCUGAGGAUGCGUUCAGCUGAAGCACAGAGGAAGGCUUUCUCUACCUGUGCUUCCCAUCUUAUCACUGUGUCCAUCUUCUUUGGUUCACUUACAUUCAUGUAUUUACAGCCCAGUUCCAGUCACUCAAUGGAUACAGACAAAAUUGCAUCUGUUUUUUAUACAAUGGUUAUUCCUAUGUUGAACCCUUUGGUCUACAGCUUGAGGAACAAAGAAGUCAAAAAUGCAUUUAAGAAGGUUGUUGGAAAAUUAAUGUCUUCAUUUAGCUGA